CCAUUGAAUGAGUUGGGCCUGGAAGCGAGUUCAGAACGCGCGGAAAGCAAGGAGCCUUUCUGUACCUAAGCAGGGGGAAGUGAUUCAAUGUCAGAAAGUGUGUUUUUUUAAGAAAUCGAGGGAAUUUAGAAAUAUUGUCUAUUUUAAAGUAAAAUGGAAAGUACACCGACUCUUUCGUCGACAAGGCCCGCUGCCAAAGUCACUCCUGCAAGUUUGCCAAGGGCACCAUCACCAACAAUGCGGAGCCGAUUAGAAGAAAAGGAAGAACUGCAGAACUUAAACGACAGGUUAGCCGUGUACAUCGAUAGAAUGAGAUCAUUGGAGGAGAAAAACAGUUCGCUUACUGAAGAAUUUGCUUCGUUGGAAGAGAAAAAGCAAAGCGAAUUCGUCGAGGUAAAGAGCAUGUACGAGAGUGAGCUAAACAAUGCCCGACAGCUUUUGGAUGAAAUAUGCAAGGAAAAAUCUAAGAUUGAGUUGGAAAACGCAAGAAAUCUAGCGCAAGCCAGUGACCUCAAAAAAAGGUUGAGUUCAGAGCAGCAAAAUCUCAUUAAAGCAAAUAACAAGAAUGCUGGAUUGGGCAAAAAGCUAGCUGAGCAAGAGGCACUCAUCAGUAAUUUGACAUUUGAAGUUAGCAGUUUGAAGGAAGAAUUAGAAACUGUCAAGAAAGAGAAGGAGAAUCUUCAGGACCUUGUUCAUUCCACCAGCCAUGAUUUGGAGGCUCGCACUUUGGAGAAAGUUGACCUUGAGAACAGAAUGCAAACUUUAACAGAAGAUCUUGAAUUCCGAAAAAGAACAUUUGAAAAGGAGUCUGUGGAGUUAAGGAAACAGAUGAAAAGUUUUGAAAGCAGAGUAACCAUUACAGAAACGGAUUUCAAGAAGAAAUAUGAUACAAUCAUGAGAGAUAAACUGCAGGAGCUACGAGAUGAGUUUGAAGAGGAAGCCGAUAACAUAAAGAAUGACGUUGAUAACACUUACAAGCAAAAGGUGGACGACUUAAAGAAUAAAGGCGAGAAAUUGAAGGAGCAAUCGAAACAUCAGCUUAUCAUGAUCAAUGAAUAUAAGUCUAGCCUGGAAACUCUGAAGAUUGAAAAGAGUGUUUUAGAAACUGAGGUAAAAUCUCUGAAGAAGCGUAUUGAUGACCUAGAAACGCUUCGCCACAAUGAAAGAGACGAUUUCAACAAGCAGCUUGAAGAUAAAGCAGAUGAAAUACGAGAGUUGAAUUGUGCCAUUGAUGAUCGUGAUAAGGAAUAUGAAUCUCUCAUGGACAUCAAAAUUGCUCUGGACCUAGAGAUAGCAGCAUAUAGAAAAUUAUUGGAAGGCGAAGAGGAAAGACUACAAAUAACUCCUACAUCCACUCCAAGCCGAAAACGUCCAAGAGUAGAAGUCGACUCGCCUGAUCCUUCAGUUUUGAAAACUGCAAAAGGAAGUAUUGAAAUUUCAGAGUGUGAUCCAUCUGGUAAAUUUGUGAAGAUAGCGAACACAAGCUCUACUGAUGAGCCUUUAGGAGGUUGGUUAAUCAGGCGGGUUGCUGACAAUAAAGAUCCUGUGGAAUUCAAGUUCAAUCCAAGAAGCGUUCUUAAAGGUGGAUCCGCCGUAUUGAUCUGGAGUGCAUCCUCUGGUUCUAAACAUAAGCCACCAACAGAUCUGCUGAUGAAAUCCAGUGACUGGUUUCCAGGCCCUAAUGCUGUAACUACGCUCCACAACUCUGAGGGUGACGUUGUUGCACAACUGACUGAAGCAAAUCUUGGAACAGCCACAAGUAAGCAGAGAUCUCGCCAAAAGCGUACUCUAGAUAAGAAUGAGAGCUGCACUGUCUCCUAAUCAUGAUCCAGUCUCGUCACCAUGCUCCAGUCUGGAAGAGGUGUAAAAGCUGCAAAUAAAGAAAAUUGCGGAGGUUCCCACUAGAAAACUUUAAACUUGUGUAUAACGUACAGACUUAGGCAAAUAUUCAGUUUUUCCCUGUUUUUAUUCUUGUAUCAUGUUGUUAGAUAGGGAUGGGCAAGAUACACUUAAAAAGUAUCGUACUUCAAGAUAACAGUUUUUAUACAAACGGUAUCUUAUCUUAAAAUAUAAUGAUUAGUCCCAUUUCUGGUGUUAGAUCGUGUUUUAUUUGAUCAAGAGCUACAGAAGGUUGCUGAAUAGUUUGCUGAAUAUUAAUGGUCCAGCUAUCAAAAAGUUUUCUCUGCGUAACUUAGCGAGAUUAUAGGGAAGACAAUUUGUUACUAAGGGUGAAUAAGCUAUCACCCUCUCCAGUCAGUGCUUGUAUGUUUUUCUGAAUAUGAACGGUUAGGCACGAGUUUUAGAAGACAAUUGCAACCUCUCCUUUUUGGUUUCAGAAGACGAUUGCAAGCUAUUCAGUAAAUCUUUCCCGUUCUUCUAUUUUAUUGGUUAUGAAUAUUCGUCUUCUCUUUCGUUAUUUAUGCGUAUAAUUUGGUGGAGUGUCUCAGCGAUGUAAGUGUUAGGUUGGUGUUAGAAAACACAUUAGCUGACUUAAAAACAAUAGGUAGACAGUUUUUGUUGCUCUGAUAUAAUAAUGUCCCGAUCUCCACUGAAAGCUUCUUUGUUAAACUCAAUUUGUUACAGUUUGAAGCUGUCAGGGUUGUUUCCAAUCACCUUAUGUUUCAAAUCCUGUUGAUUGGUCAAUGCUUUCCUUGUUCAUACCGACAAGGUUAGUGGUUUAGUCUGGUCAAUAGCAAGUAUGUAUUUGAUGAAGGUUGUAUUUGAUUAAGUAUGUAUUUGAUGAAGUAUCUAUGCAAGUAUGUAUGAGACACUAAUGAAGCUUGAAGGUCGAGA